GAAGAUAACAGGCAAGCCAGGAGGGCGGAGCAGCUCGAGACACAUGUCUGCCCGCUCUUAUCAACUUAUCAUAUAAGGAAAGGAGAGUGAUUGAUGCAGACCCUGACACCACAGAACCUGAGGGAAGGGAAACAAAGAAGCAUUAACCCUGAUCUGUGAAGUGAAGACAGCCCUCGGGAGCGAGCAGGGCUACUCCUUCUACUGCGAUCUGACAGUUCACCGGCAGAACGGGAGGGAAGACCGGCAUCAGCAGGCACGUUCCUGCUGGAGAAGGAAGGAAGAGACAGCCACUGAUGGACCGUAAGCCAUGGCAGCGCAGCCCUGCCUCUGAGACUGCGGCUUAGGCGUGGGAUUCCUAUGUGCCUUCACGUCUGCUGAGCCGCUGGUUUACUCCCGAAAGAAAGAGAGGAUGUGGCAGCUUGUUUUCUUUACUUUGAGCUGUGAUCUUGUCCUGGCCGCAGCCUAUAACAACUUUCGGAGAGGCAUGGACAGCAUCGGGAGAAGGCAGUAUCAGGUUCAGCAGGGUUCUUGCAGCUACACUUUCCUCCUGCCAGAGACAGACAACUGUCGUUCUUCUAGCUCCUAUGCGACCGGCGCUGUGCAGAGGGACUCGCCACUAGAUUAUGACGACUCCGUGCAGAGGCUGCAAGUGCUGGAGAACAUCAUGGAAAACAAUACCCAGUGGCUAAUGAAGCUUGAGACUUAUAUCCAGGACAACAUGAAGAAAGAAAUGGUAGAGAUACAACAGAAUGCAGUACAGAACCAGACGGCUGUGAUGAUAGAAAUAGGAACAAACUUACUGAAUCAAACAGCGGAGCAAACACGGAAGUUAACAGAUGUCGAAGCACAAGUAUUAAAUCAGACAACAAGACUUGAACUUCAGCUUCUGGAACAUUCCCUUUCCACCAGCAAAUUGGAAAAACAGAUUUUGGACCAGACCAGUGAAAUAAACAAAUUACAAGAUAAGAACAGCUUCCUGGAAAAGAAAGUACUAGACAUGGAAGACAAGCAUAUAGUUCAACUACAGUCAAUAAAAGAAGAGAAAGAUCAGCUCCAAGUAUUAGUAUCCAAGCAAAAUUCCAUCAUUGAAGAACUAGAAAAACAACUAGUGACUGCCACGGUGAACAGCUCAGUUCUCCAAAAGCAGCAACAUGAUCUGAUGGAGACAGUUCAUAAUUUAUUGACUAUGAUAUCAUCAAACUCCAAGAACUCCUUCAGCGCUAAGGAAGAAGCAGUUGUUUUCAGAGACUGUGCGGAAGCAUUCAAGUCAGGGAGGACAAAGAACGGCGUCUACACGCUGGUGUUCCCUAACUCCACCGAGGAGAUAAAGGCGUACUGCGACAUGGAGACGGCUGGAGGUGGGUGGACCGUCAUUCAGCGGCGUGAAGAUGGCAGUGUUGAUUUCCAGAGGACUUGGAACGAAUACAAAGUGGGAUUUGGGAACCCUUCCGGUGAACACUGGCUGGGAAAUGAAUUUGUUUUCCAAGUGACCAAUCAACAGCCCUAUGUGCUUAAAAUACACCUUAAAGACUGGGAAGGGAACGAGGCAUACUCACUGUAUGAACACUUCUCUCUCUCAAGUGAAGAAUUCAAUUACAGGAUUCACCUUCAAGGACUUACAGGGACAGCCGGCAAAAUAAGCAGCAUCAGUCAACCAGGAAAUGAUUUUAGCACAAAGGAUGCAGACAACGACAAAUGUAUUUGCAAAUGUUCACAAAUGCUCACAGGAGGCUGGUGGUUUGAUGCGUGUGGUCCCUCCAACCUGAACGGAAUGUACUACCCACAGAGGCAGAACACGAAUAAGUUCAGCGGCAUUAAGUGGUACUACUGGAAGGGCUCGGGCUACUCGCUCAAGGCCACCGCCAUGAUGAUCCGGCCCGCAGACUUCUGAACGCCCGCACACACCCGAGGAGUGGCGGGCUGCACGAUUUUCAGAGACCUGGUCCUGCAGCUCUCACACGGUCGGCUGCGUGCUGUCCCCUCUUCCCCCUCCAGACAGACAGCACACACUCAGUGCACGGGGCCCCUCGCACCUCCUCGCUUAGACCCGCAUCGCUCGAGAACCAAAGCACAACCCUGGUUACUGUGACCUGCUGGACCGCCCAAAGGGAAGAGAGAGGGGGGCCUGCGAAUUUCGGACUGACAGUUCACAGAUGCUGUUGUCACAACCGAGAAUGUUGUGUCGAGUUCAUCCGUAAAUAACUGGAAAACAGAACUCUCAGCUACGCGGCAGAGAUAACCUUGGAGCUGCGUCCUUCGAAGUACUGUUUAUAGAUUCUAUAAAUAUCCAUAUGUCCCGAGUUCAGCGUCACUACCGUAAUUAAAAGAAAGGAAAAAACUUCUCUAAGCCAUUAAAAUAUAUAUUCAGGGACUUUCUGGGAAGUGCUUAUUUGCAGCUUAAUAUUUGGACAAGGAAAAACACAGCUAACGCGUUUUCGCUCCUCCUCUUAAGUGCUUUAAACUUUCAUUUUGAAAACAGCAUACUUACAUUACGUGUGGACAGUGCAGUUUUAAGUUAAUGUUUGGAUAUAUAUUUCAAUUUAAAAGGUGAAAACCUCCCGGGUCUCUGAAAUUAAUGGAAAUGUUUGUUCUUUCCGUUUAUAUGAAGAUUGUACUAUUUUUUCUGUCUGGCUGUUAAAUAUGAAGGUAUUUUUAGUAAUUAAAUAUAACUUAUUAGAUAACUACAUUGAA